CGUCUCAAACAAUUCUUGUUCAUAUAUAUAAAUUUCUUCCACACUUCACAAAUUCAGAACUUCUAAACAAAAAAACACCAUUGAUGGCACUUUCACCCACACUUUCACCUUUAGCAACACUUUCAUCAUCAACACCAAGAAACAAACCACCAAAACCGUUUCUCUUUUCAUCCUUCACAAAAAAGUCACAAUUUUUAACAAAUUCAACAAGACCCAGAAACAGAAACAGAAGAAACCUUUUAGUAACAGUUAGAAGUGUUGCAGCACCACCCACAAAAACUGAAUCGUACCCAGAAGCUGAAAAGAACGAAAUUGAUGAAGAAUUUGAAGAUGAGAGUUCUUCAUCGAAGUUUUCAUGGAGAGAUCAUUGGUACCCAGUUUCUUUGAUUGAAGAUCUGGAUUCUAGUUUGCCUACGCCGUUUCAGCUUCUGGGUCGUGAAAUUGUGAUUUGGUUUGAUAAAGCUAAUUCUCAAUGGGUUGCUUUUGAUGAUAAAUGUCCUCAUCGUCUUGCUCCUUUGUCUGAAGGAAGGAUAGAUGAAAGUGGAAACUUGCAGUGUUCUUAUCAUGGGUGGUCUUUUGAUGGACGUGGAGGUUGCACUGUGAUCCCUCAGGCUUCACCUGAAGGUCCCGAAGCACGUGCUGUUGGGUCUCCUAGAGCUUGUGCUACUAGGUUUCCUACCUUGGUGUCUCAGGGGUUGCUCUUUGUUUGGCCUGAUGAGAAUGGUUGGGAGAAAGCAAAUGCAUCCAAACCUCCAAUGUUGCCUGAUGACUUUGUAAAACCAGAGUUUGCAACGGUGAACAUUCAGCGCGAUCUUUUCUACGGCUAUGAUACUCUCAUGGAGAAUGUUUCUGAUCCUUCUCACAUUGAUUUUGCUCAUCACAAGGUUACAGGAAGGAGAGACAGAGCCAAGCCUCUUCCAUUCAAGAUGGAUUCACGUGGUUCAUGGGGCUUUUCAGGAGCUAAUGAAGGGAACCCACGGAUCAGUUCCAAAUUUAUUGCACCAUGUUACUAUAUUAACAAGGUUGAGAUCGAUACCAAACUCCCCGUCGUUGGUGACCAGAAAUGGGUAAUAUGGAUAUGUUCCUUCAAUGUCCCCAUGGCACCUGGUAAGACUCGCUCCAUCGUUUGCAGUGCCCGAAAUUUCUUCCAGCUCACGGUGCCAGGGCCUGCCUGGUGGCAAGUGGUUCCCAGAUGGUAUGAACAUUGGACUUCAAACAAGGUAUAUGACGGGGACAUGAUUGUACUUCAAGGUCAAGAGAAAAUCUUUCUUGCAGAAACAGAGAAUGGCGGUGACAUUAACAAACAGUACACAAGCCUCACCUUCACACCAACACAGGCCGAUCGUUUUGUGUUGGCAUUUAGAAAUUGGCUGAGGCGACACGGCAAUGGCCAACCUGAAUGGUUUGGUAAGAGCAGCAGCCAGCCAUUGCCUUCAACCGUACUAUCAAAACGUCAGAUGUUGGAUAGAUUUGAACAACACACACUGAAGUGUUCAGCUUGUAAAGGAGCUUAUGAGGGAUUCCAAACAUGGCAGAAAAUCCUGACUGGUGCAACAGUUGUGUUUUGCGCGACUUCUGGGAUUCCAUCAGAUACUCAGCUGCGCAUAAUUUUGGCUGCACUCGCGCUUGUCAGUGCAGCCUUAGCUUUUUCCAUAAACCAACUGAAAAACAAUUUUGUUUUCGUCGAUUAUGUGCACGCUGAAAUCGAUUGAACGUGUUAUUACUCCAAAGGUUUUAUUACUAGUUGCAAAUUGUAAAUGUUAGAGAUGAGGACAAAUAACCACGUGUAUGUUAAUAUGUGUAUAUAUUUUCAUCAACGGAGUUUAGAUCUACCUUGAUGUUAAUGUUAACAUGUGUAUAACAAUGUGACAUUAGACUACAAAUACACAAUAUGAAACUUCUUUUUUCAUA